AGACAUUGUAUCAGUUAGUGCUUCGUAUCAUCAGUCCUCGUUUUUUCUCUCUCAGAAUGAUUCAAUUCCAUUCAUUAAAAAAGUAGAACAUACUGUAAACUGUAAUGUGACAAUGAUAUUGUGUAUAACUGUAUUAUUGAUGACAUGAUAAUUAUUGUCUUUAUUAGUCAAUAUUUACUUUGUAUAGAAACAAGUGAAAAUAUGUUUCAAUCUUUGAAAGUCGAUUUACCAAAUUAUAAAACACAAAUCAAUUUUCACAACAAUAUGAAUCGAUCAAAUGAUUCACAAUUGAACUUCAAGCGGAUAAACACAAUAUCUUCUAACACUACAAAUCAAUAUCAUCCUAGAGAAGAACACAAAUUACAUAAUAAUAAAUCGUAG